AAGCCCUUCUCCAGUGGCAAAGUCACAGCAUGUCACCUUCUUAGAAAUUUCACCCAGUAAGAAACUGGUGGCUUGGGAUUAUUGUCUGCAGGCAGAGAAGGAACGCCAGCUAGCCGAGUCAUUUUGUUCUUUUUCUUUUCCUUUUGGCCUUCCCAAGUGGUAUGUGUCCCCUCCUCCCCUGGGUGAAACUGCGGGUCCACACCCUUCUCUCCUGGUUUCAGGUAGCAGGUUGGGAUUGUGGGUAGUGUAGUUCACCCCCCUUUGAUGAUUUAGGGUUGGGCAGGACUGAAGCAGAAGCAGGAGGACUUCGAGUCCCAUACAGCACUGUGAGCCGCAGCUGGUAGCCACAGGACAAGGUGUGUUUGAGGAGGAGAUUACUGUCUGUCUCUUGCUAGAGUGGCUCAUUUUUCCACCCUUGGCAAGCACGGAAAGCAAGCAGGGUCCAGAUCUCUGUCCCCUACAAUCAUGUCCUGAUUGGUGCCUGGAGUAGCAGCUGGGGCUUGUUUCCAAACCUAUGUCCAAGGCACAGCAUUUCAUUGAAGAGAAGAAAGUGAUGGACAUUAAAGAGACCAAAUGAUUAGACCUGCCUCAUGGCCAACUCACUCAGGAAAGCUCCUAGGUGCUUUCCUUGUCUCAGCGGGUCCUCAGAACUCUGCAACUAUUUCCUUUGCUGUUUGUAGAAGAGGUUUUCCUGUUGGGUGAAGAUCCUGUGCAGUCAACUACUUGAAGGAAGAGCAAGUUAUCAUUUCCUGAUCCUAGCUUUUAAUCCAUGCAACACAAGCAAAAAGAGAGAAUUCACUUAACUGGAUUUCCACACCAAGUGUAAAACCACAGGAUUAUCUUUGCCCAGUAAUAGUUCAUCUUUGGGGGUAAAAGAAGAAAUUACCAUUUUGGAGAAGAAAUAUAGCAACAGCUAGGUAGAAAAAUGGCAGCUGGUGGACAGGCUCCUUUGAAGUCUGAAGGGGUUCCACGGAGUAGGUCUGAAGGAAACUUGUUGGAGGAGCAAAAUUCCUCCACAAACCAUGAUACAGAAGAUUGCCAAGACAAUGAUGUGCUUCCUGGUUGGCCUGAAGUUAGCUCUCAGCAUGCCAGUCCUAUUUCCAAGACAACGAAUCCAUUUUGGAACGAACUCUCUGCUUCUAACCCAUUCUUGGAUGACAUAGCUCAGUUAAGAAAUAUUGAGAAGAGUACAAACAUUUCCAUUUUAAAAGAAGACCCCUUUCUCUUCUUUCGAGAAGUAGAAGAAGAUAGUUCUUCCGGCGAUGAAUUAAAUGUCCAUCAAUUGCUCAGGAAGUCUUCAUCAAGGAAAUCUGGGAAAUCCAAGAGUGUUUCAGAACUUUUGGACAUUAUUGAUGGGACACUGAAUACAGAGAUGUCCGACCAGAUUUUACCUCAUGACAUAGAAUGGCUUCAACAUGACCGGGAGGCUUAUAAAAUGGCCUGGUUAAGUCAACGUCAGCUGGCUCGAUCAUGCCUGGAUUUGAACACAAUGAGUCACAGUCCAGGUUGGGCUCAGACACAAGUGGCAGAUACUGUUAUUGUUUGUAAAUUAGACCACAAAGGAGGCUCAGUGCAACUCCCAGGAUCACACAUCACUGUGCAUGUACCUCAAGGCCAUGUAAGGCCUGGAGAGUUCCAAGAAGUUACAAUGAGGGCUUUCCUAGACCCUCCAGAAAAGCUGAAUCAUGAUCUGUCAUGCACUGUGAGCCCACUGUUGGAAAUUAGAUUAAGCAACCUUGAUACAAUGGAAACCAUUUUGUUAGAAAUGAAAAUCUCAGCUGAAGUGAGGCAGGACCCUUUUAGCCAAGUCAUGGGGAUGCUGACUUGUUUGCAUAGCUCCAAUAGAGGGGGCCCCUUCAAAGAACUCAAUACCUGCUAUGUUUACAAUGACACAAUCCAAGUGAAAUUAUUAGAGCUAAGUCGUGUGAUGUAUAUAGUGGUCACAGCUCAAGCCAAAACCAUUCAGGCACCAGCCACAAGUGUGUGGGAUUAUAUCCACAAAACUGUUUAUGUUGGAAUUUAUGGACCCAAAUACAUCCAUCCCAGUUUCACUGCCAUCUUUACUUUAUGGGGACAUAGCUAUAUGCCGAGCAAGCUCACCAUUACUGAUAUUAAUAGGAGUGGGAAAAACGUGUCUCCAGUUGUAUUUCAACUCUGGGGGAAACAUUCCUUUUUGCUUGACCAGCCCCAUGAUCUAUACAUUUCAGUCCUCUCAGACGAUCUAGAUUUUGAAGUGAAAGAAGAUGGCCAAAGGAAAGCAAUUAAACAAGAGCAACUGAAAGCUGGAGAAGUUAUCCACCAACAAUUUCUGUUCUCUGCAAUGGACAGCAAGAACUUACACACAUUUGUGUUCCUGGUCCAGAUCCAUACUCCCAACGAGAAUCCCGUAGCACAGUUUUAUGUAAGGACACCUGACCCAGCUCCCAACUUCAGUAGGAUUCCCAAUCAGUCAAAUGCAUUGAAAAUGGAAGAGAUCAAGUGCUACCCUUUGUCCCCAGCACCAGCUACUAAAUAUCCCAAGUUUCAAGAUAAAACACUACACUUUAUCAAUUACGGUGUAACUAUGAAAACAGUGUUAAGGCAGAACAAGAUUGAUUAUCUCUUAGAAUAUUUCAAAGGGGACACCAUUGCCCUUCUUGGAGGAGGCAAGGUGAAAGCCAUUGGUCAGACCAAAGUCAAGGAAUGGUAUGUAGGAGUCCUCCGGGGGAAGCUUGGUCUUGUGCAUUGCAAAAAUGUCAAAGUGAUUUCUAGGGAACAAGUAAUUGACAUGUCAGAGAAUGCAUUUACAACCCAGAAACUUAUAGAACAGGCUGCCCUGCCCUUUAAGAAGAUGACCUACAUCUAUUCAACUGUGCUGACCUUGGUAUCUGAAAAAAUGUUGGACUGGAAAGCCUUAGCUGAUGCACUGGGCUAUUCACAGCUGAUGGCAGAAGAUUUUGAUCAGAUGCAAGUUGACAAAGAGACAGAAAGAGUGUCUUAUGUUGUCAAGAAGUUGAAGGAAGAUUGUCAUACAGACAGAAAGAGGAGGAGCUUUCUUUAUGAACUUGUGGUCGCACUGCUGAAGAUAGACUGCCAAGGGUUGGUUGCGCAUCUUAUCCGGGAGACCGCGAUUCUGACUUCAGCUGUCAAACUAGGGAAAGGCUGGAGGGAGCUGGCGGAAAAGUUAGUGAGACUCACAAAACAACAAAUUGAGGCGUAUGAGAUCCCUCAUCGAGGAAGAGGCGGAGAAGUUGUCAUGGAGAUGAUGUGGAAGCCUGCAUAUGAUUUCCUCUAUACUUGGGGAGCACAUUAUGGAGAAAGCUACCAGAACGUGUUGCAAGAUUUACAACUGGCUUUGGACAGAAUGAAAAACCCUGUGACCAAGCAUUGGCGAGAAUUAACUGGGGCCUUGAUCUUGGUGAACUGCUUGGACGUUUUGAGAGAAACAUCCUUCCACGUCUCAGAGGAAGAAUAGUUUUCUUUUGUUUUUGAGGCAGGGGAGAGUGGGCUAGAUCAUGUGCAAAUAUUAGGUUUAUUUUUUUCGUGUUUUGGGGAAAAAAUCUUGUUCCCUUAACAAGGACAUGACAAAUAAAACCAUUUUAAUUACU